AGGAUAGCAGUCGUGCUCCCAGUGGAAGAUGGCGGUGGGGAUGCUGUCUGGGGCUGGAAGAGACUGUUGGAUUUGCACAAGAAGCGAGCUCGGAUGGAUAUAAAGAAAAAUGAACAUAUUUUCGUGUCUUAUCCUCGAGGCCUGGACUCGUUUCCGGUUGUUUAAUUAGACUCUAAUGCCUUUUAUCUGGCAGAAAUCCGGGCUUCUCGUCGGGGAUUCAUAGGCUACAACUAUACAUUGAUAGCUCCGCGCAUAGACAGGGUGGGAGUAAAAAAAAAAAAAAGUGGACGAAAAUGUCGGAUACAAAGGUAAAAGUUGCAGUGAGAGUUCGGCCUAUGAACCGCAGGGAAAUUGAGCUGAAUACAAAAUGUGUCGUGGACAUGGAGGACAACCAAACUGUUCUACACCCACCACCUUCCAAUGCAAAAGGGGAGAACAGGAAACAACCUAAGGUGUUUGCCUUUGACCACUGUUUUUGGUCCAUCGAUGAGUCCAACGUCCCUAAGUAUGCUGGUCAAGAGGUGGUGUUCAAGUGCCUUGGAGAGGGAAUACUUGAAAAUGCAUUCCAGGGAUAUAAUGCCUGCAUUUUUGCCUAUGGACAAACAGGUUCAGGCAAGUCCUUUUCCAUGAUGGGAAAUGGGGAGCAGCCGGGUCUGAUCCCCCGGCUGUGCUGCUCCCUGUUUGAGAGGGUCCACAGAGAGGAGAACGAGGCCCAUACUUUCAAGGUUGAGGUGUCCUACAUGGAGAUCUACAAUGAGAAGGUCCGUGAUCUGUUGGAUCCCAAAGGGAGCCGACAAUCCCUGAAAGUUCGUGAACACAAAGUUCUGGGUCCAUAUGUGGAUGGUCUGUCUCAGCUGGCUGUCACCAGCUUUGAGGACAUUGAAGUGUUGAUGUCAGAAGGCAAUAAAUCUCGGACCGUUGCUGCCACCAACAUGAAUGAGGAGAGCAGUCGGUCACAUGCUGUCUUCAGCAUCAUUGUCACACAGACACUGUAUGAUCUACAAUCCGGGAAUUCAGGGGAGAAGGUGAGCAAGAUGAGUCUGGUUGACUUGGCAGGAAGUGAGCGAGUGUCCAAGACUGGAGCUGCUGGGGAGAGACUCAAAGAGGGCAGCAACAUAAACAAGUCUUUGACCACACUUGGCUGUGUGAUAUCUGCUCUGGCUGACCAGUCUGCAGGGAAAGGGAAGGCCAAGUUUGUGCCUUACAGAGACUCAGUCCUCACCUGGUUACUCAAGGACAACCUUGGUGGCAACAGCAAGACAGCCAUGAUUGCUACAGUGAGUCCAGCAGCCGAUAACUAUGAGGAGACUCUGUCCACACUGCGCUAUGCUGACAGGGCCAAGAGGAUUGUCAACCAUGCCGUGGUGAACGAAGACCCCAACGCUCGCAUCAUCAGAGAGCUGAGGGAAGAGGUGGAGAAGCUCAAAGUGCAGCUCUGUCAGGCCGAGUCCAUGAAGGCCCCGGAGCUGCAAGAGAAACUGCAGGAGUCUGAGAAACUCAUUCAGGAGAUGACAGUCACAUGGGAGGAAAAACUCAGAAAAACAGAGGAGAUUGCAACAGAGCGUCAGAAGCAGUUGGAGAGCAUGGGAAUCUCUCUGGAAACUUCUGGGAUCAAAGUUGGGGAAGACAAAUGUUUCCUGGUCAAUCUGAACGCUGACCCUGCCCUGAACGAGCUGUUGGUCUACUACCUGAAGGAGCACACCCGUGUGGGUGCAGACACGUCCCAGGACAUCCAGCUUUUUGGGAUAGGAAUCCAGCCGGAGCACUGUGUGCUGGAGCUCUGCCCAGAUGGUGAUGUCACCCUCAUGCCCAUGGAGAAUGCCAGAACCUGUGUCAACGGAACGAUGAUCGAUUGUUUGGUCCACCUGUGGCAUGGAGACCGAAUAUUAUGGGGCAACAACCACUUCUUCAGGAUCAAUCUGCCUAAGCGGAAGCGGCGGGACCGUUUGAAGGAGCUAGAGAGAGCCUCUCCCAGAGAGAGCUUUGUGGAGGCAGAUGUGGAGACUGCCAGCGAGGCCUCCUCUGAGCAGGACUACAGCUACGAGUUUGCCCAGAUGGAGGUCAUAAUGAAGACCCUGGGGAAUAACGACCCCAUGCAGAAUGUGGUCCAGGUGCUGGAGAAGCAAUACCUGGAGGAGAAGCGAAUGGCUCUGGAGGAACAGAGGAUGAUGUACGAGCGAGAGCUGGAGUCACUGCGGCAGCAGCUGUCCCCCGAGAAAACACCCCAACAUCACCGGAGCAGCAGUGACCGCCUUACAUUCCCAAUGCACACAUCCCACAGUAAGCUGCGACUGUGGACAGAGGAGAGGGACGAGCUGUUUCGGCAGAGUCUUUCUCGGCUCAGGGAGCAGGUUGUGAAAGCUAACACCUUGGUGCGAGAAGCCAACUUUUUAGCAGAGGAGAUGAACAAACUCACCGACUAUCAGGUCACCCUUCAGAUUCCUGCAGCCAACCUCAGCGCCAACCGCAAGCGUGGGACCAUAGUGAGCGAGCCAGCCAUUCAGGUCCGGAGGAAAGGGAAGGGAACUCAAGUGUGGACCAUUGAGAAGCUGGAGAACAAACUGGUGGACAUGAGAGACCACUACAGAGACUGGAAGGAAGGCACAGAGGAGAUGUGUUACAGGGCCAACAGCAGGCACACUGACCCGUUCUAUGAGGCACAGGAGAACCACAACCUGAUAGGAGUGGCCAACAUUUUUCUGGAGUGCCUUUUCCACGAUGUCAGACUGCAGUAUGCUGUCCCCAUCAUUAGCCAACAGGGAGAGGUGGCAGGCAGGCUACACAUCGAACUGAUGCGAGUUAGCGGGGCCGUACCAGAGCGCCUGGUUGGUGGAGACGACUCGUCAGAGAACUCCAGUGAGAGUAGCUGCUACGAAGUCAUGGACACCAACGGGGAGAUCGUCCACAUGGCCAAGAGGCUCACCUGCAGGGUGCGGAUCAGGGAGGCCACAGGGCUCCCACUUAACCUGUCCAACUUCGUCUUCUGUCAGUACACCUUCUGGGAGCAGGCUGAGCCCACCGUGGCUCCUCCCAUGGUCAGUCCAGACACUCCCUCCUCCCGAAGCCCUGAUGCCCAGUUCACUGUCCAGUUUGAUCACUGCAAGGAUUAUGUGGUGCAUGUAACAGAUGAGUUUUUGGAGUUUAUAUCAGACGGGGCAUUAGCCAUUGAGGUGUGGGGUCAUCGCUGUGCUGGAAAUGGACGUUCAUUCUGGGAAUUAGAUGCUCUGCAGGCCAAGACCCGCACACUCCGAGAUAGGUGGAGUGAGGUGUCUCGCAGGAUCGAGCUGUGGGCCUCCAUCCAGGAGUUGAACGAGCAGGGGGAGUACUCAGCCGUGGAGCUGCAGCCUGGAAAGGACAUCAGCACUGGGGGAGUCUUCCAACUCCGACAGGGUCACUCCCGGAGGCUGCAGGUGUGUGUGAAGCCAGUGCAACAUUCAGGCACUCUGCCUCUGCUGGUGGAGGCUGUGCUGUCUGUCUCUAUUGGCUGUGUGUCCGCUCGCUCCACCAAGUUGCAGAGACCUCUCGACAGCUACCAGAGAGAGGUGGAAGACGAUAUGGAUAGUUAUCAGGAGGAAGACCUCAACUGUGUUCGAGAGCGCUGGUCAGAGGCUCUGAUCAAACGCAGGGAGUACCUUGACGAACAAAUCAAGAAAAUCAUCAACAAGCAAGAGAAGUCAGAGGAGGAUAUUGAGCGUGAAGCCCGGCUAGUGGAACAGUGGGUAGGCCUGACUGAAGAGAGAAAUGCUGUGCUUGUCCCUGCGCCUGGUAGUGGCAUACCUGGAGCUCCUGCGGACUGGACCCCACCUGCUGGAAUGGAGGCUCACAUCCCUGUGCUCUUCCUGGAUUUGAAUGCGGAUAAUCUGACAGUAAAUGAGCAGCUGACUGGGCCCCACGCUGCUGGAGUUAACUCCAUCUUGCCCAAGGAGCAUGGAAGCCAGUUCUUCUAUCUGCCUAUCAUCAGGCACAGUGAUGAGGAGGUGUCAGCUGUCUGCUCCUGGGACUCGUCCAUCCACGAUUCUGUGCACCUCAACCGGGUCACAUCUCCCAAUGAGCGCAUCUACCUGAUUAUCAAAGCCACAGUGCAGCUCAGCCACCCCGCCUCCAUGGAGCUGGUGGUCCGCAAGAGGAUCGCUGUCAACAUCUACAACAAACAGAGCUUCACUCAGAGUCUCAAGAGAAGAAUGUCCUUAAAGAACACGCUGUACUCCUGUGGUGUGACUUACGAGAUUGUUUCCAACAUACCAAAGGCCUCAGAGGAGCCAGAGGAGAGGGAAACAUUGGCCCUCAUGGCCGCCCGUGGCGACAGCGAAGAAACUCAGGAUGGAGAAACCUACAUAGAGAAAUAUACACGAGGAGUUUUGGAAGUGGAAAACAUAAUCAGUCUAGAGAGGCUACGACAGGCUGUGACUGUGAAGGAGGCUCUCUCCGCUAAGGGGAGACACCUAAGAAGGAGUAUCAGCACACCUAAUGUACAGCAUUCUUCUUGUAGUAAAACAGAUCUAACUGGCUGUGAGGAUGAAGACUGCAAGGACCAUUGUGAUUCUCAUGCGGACAGCCUGAACUGCAGUCUCCAGGAUGGCUCACUUUGUAGCACCCCUAUCAAAAACAAGGAGAACCAAGGCCUGGUACCAGAGAGUCCCACAUUUUUCAACUCCAGCCCAUUCAAGGUCCUCUCCCCUAAGCCACCGCAGUUCCUCAAGUCUCUGCUGCCUGUCAAAGAGGAGAACAAGACUAAGAAGGCACUGGAAGCCCGGCCACUGCUUGGACAGGAGAGCAUGCGCUCAUGUGUGGACAGCCCUGCACUGCUCCCCCCUCCCUGCCCCUGGCGCCGGCCCAGGGCAGGCAGCGAGGGCCACUGCAAGCCUUCCACCUCCACUUCCACCCCCACCUCCACUUCCACCAGCAGACAGCUCAGCCACACACUGCCACACACUGCUCAGGACUCUGACGAUGAAGAGACGGAUGUGGACAUGACCUUGAGUCUGGACCGGGGCCUUCAGGACCACAACAGCUUUCAGCCUUACAUUCCAGAGGACUUUGCCAACUUUGAAGUCUACAACGCCACUCUUGAGAGUCAGGAGGGGGUUCUGUCCGCUCACUCUGACUUGAAAGGAAGCCGGUGUGGUGGUGCAGGUGGAGAGAGAGAGGUGUCUCGCAGCCCCACGGCUAGCAGUUGCACUAGUGGCUACUUCUCACACAGUGCCUCCAAUGCCACGCUAUCCGACAUGCCUUUCAGUGCCAGUGAGAGCUCCGACCAUCUCAGCUGUGCCACCAGAGAUCCCCAUGAUCCGCUCUCCUGUCCCACUGGAAGAGGCUGCACCCAAACCAAAAGUGUUUCUGCAGGGGGUGAUACCCGGCAACCUCCUCAUUCGGCGUGUGGCGGGCAGGAUUUCCUCGCACCCCCAGCAUCUUCACCCAUCAGUAUUCCCAAAACAUCCCCUCUGCCACACAACUCUGUUCUCAGUGCCAGCCAGGAGUUCACUGACUUUAAAGGGGCUGAUGAUGGUAUCGGAGAAGGUGAUUUAGCACAGUUUACAGAGGGAUGGCAGCAGGAGGGUUUGGACUUACCUACUUGCCAACAGAAGAAAGAGGUUAAUGCACAAACAAAUGACACUGGCAAUCAGCAGACCUCUGAUAAUUCUGUUGUCAUCAACACAUCUAUCCCUGAAAAUGUCCCAACCUCUAUAUGCAAAUGUCACAGCGUUAAAGACUCCGUCAGUGUACCUGUGCCCGGCCCAAACACUGCUCUAGUUUCUGGUCCAAUCGGAGCCCAGAUUUCUGCCCCUGACCAAGUCCCUGCUCCGGCCCCAGCCUUAACCAUACCCUCAGUGCCGGUGUCAACUCUGGCCUCAUCCCCAGUGACAACUUCAACUCCACCUGUAGCCUCUGCACCUUCCCCGGCUCAGCGAGCAGGAGGAGGGCAACCUCCCAUCCAGGAGCCAGCCCAGGGAGAUCUGCCCCAUGGGAGUCCCUGUCCCAGCCCAAACCCUAGCAGUGCGGAGCCCUCCGGUGAUUCCAGUGGGGAUGAGAGCUCACCUGUUGCCCAGCUUCCUGACUGGAUGGCCCCUGGAGAGCAGGUGUGGGUGGGGAAGAGGAGAGGAACAGUCCACUAUGUUGGAGGGGUGGAGUUUGCUAAGGGGAUCUGGGUUGGUGUGCAGCUGGACCUGGCAGUGGGUAAGCACAAUGGGACUGUCCAGGGAAGAGUGUACUUUCGCUGUCCACCAGGCCAUGGUGUGUUCGUGAAGCCGUCUCGUCUCACCAGAGGACCACCCUCGAUGGACACAGAACCCCAGACUCUCAUCAGAUAGGACCCAAAGAAGGACCAGCUUUCCAACACCUAACAAGGACCCCGGGGAUGGUCCUCAGUUCCAGUGCCUAGGGUGAACUGCAAGAUGACUUCAGUACAUCUCCUUUCCCUCCAUCCCUCCUAUCACUCAAAUCACUGAACUGAUUUAUUCUGUCAGUGUGACUGCUUGCCUGAAGCAUAUCUGACCUGUGCUUUUAAUGAAGGUAUAUCCUUGUUACUGUUCACUGAAAAUUCACUAUGCACAUAUCUGAGUUUUCUAUUGUGUUAUUUUUGAUAGAGAAAUUAACUUUUAACUCGGACUCCAUAUGAAAAUAUUAUCCACGUAAUUUUUCUUACAUUUGUUCCUGAACAUUAUGUAAUAUUUUUGUAAGACAAUGCAUCCUUCCCUGAGGCUCAAAGUGGAGUGAUCUAGGAUAUUAAGAUUAAGAAUGUACUACUGUUCAUUACAAUGAUAUUUACAUCAAUAUGAUAUAUCAGGGGUAACCAAAGAACAAGGGUUCUGUAUCUGCUGUUAAAAGUGAUAUCAUAUUUUUCUAAUCUAUGUGGAAACAUACAAUAUAUAUCUGUGUGUCCAAGUAAAGCAUAGUGCCAUAUCUCUAUGACUAAUGCCACAUACCCUGAACAGUGGGCGGAUCUACAAAACCUGAGUUGGUUUCAGUGUUUGACUGCAGUUAUCAUGUUGCCCUCUAAAUGUUUAAUUAUAUUAUUGGAGUACUGUAACAGUGGGGAGGAAAUACUCCCCAUUGAGCAUGGGACUGUUGCCAUUGCUGUCUGAAUGCUUGCACUGGAAAGGAUUCUUGAAGAGUUCACCAACUGUCUUCCGUAUUGGACUGAUAAAACAUUUCCUGUGUGCUUCUGAGUGAUGGGACUGAAAAUGCCUGAGUUGGGUCAUCACUAUUAUUAGCUGAAUGAAGCAGCUAGGAUUUGUCCAAGGCCUAGACAUAAUGAUGCCUUAUUGCCCUUUUUCUCUAAAGGCAGGCAUGUAAACCACAGACUACUCGAUGAACAAUGCCCCUUAACAAGGAUUCAUUUUGUCGACUGAGUUAAAAAUGAUACCCAAGUGUAUGGACCUCAAGCCUGUGUAUGAUGACGUGAUGCCCAGAGGCAUUCAAAAUGCCAUCCAACCUCAACGACUGAUUCCUUGAAUACUUUGCUGAUCAAUUGUCCAUCUGUAUUUUAUGUUAAUUGACUAAUGUGUUACACUAAAUAUUUUCAAAGGUACUCAAAACGCCAACAUUUUUUUCUACUUGGAGGAUUGGAUGAAUGGGUGAUGGACAGUAUCAGGUUACUGAAGAAAAUAAGUGGAAUAAGUUUUGUUCGGAGAAAGUUUGUCCUAUGAACUUGUAUUUUCUAUGGAAGUGGUGAACUGUGGAACUGAUUAGAGAUAGUUAUAUAUUCAAGCUGUAAUUUCAAGUAAAUGAAAGAAACCCAAGACCUUACUUUAAAGAAAAGAUCAAAGCUGCUCUCCCUGACAGGAGUUGUAAAUAGAAAUGUAUUUGAACAUAGUAUUUACAAUAUUAUAAUGUACAGAAUUGUAUUUAUAAUGUAUCUCAACAAACUGUUUUAAUUGGUACAAAAUGUUCUAGAAUAGAACAUUUCCAAUCAAA